AAGAAAGUUUUUUGUUUCAUCCCCAAACCUGGACAAAGAUCUAGUUCAGCAUCGAAGGCUUGCCAAAGUUGUUAUUGGAACUCCAAACCAAUUUGCAAAUAAAGAGCUCCUAGAACAACUGCAGGACGAUUAUUCAGAUUCUGGUAUGGAUAUCAUAUACCCUGAGGAAAACCGACCAAUGGAUUUCCCAGGGGGACCAGAUCAACCCCCAGAGCUCCCUGAGGAGCUUGAAAUUUCUUCACUCCUGCAGGAGACCCCUGCAGGACCUCUCCAGUCCACUGUAGAGGAACCUGAACCUUUUGUGCCUGGAGUGGAGGCCCAGGCCAAGCAUCCAGAGUCCCCUGAAGAGACAGAAACACCUCCACUUCUUCAGGACGCUCUAUCUCAGCCUCCAGAGAUCCUUAAGGAAGCUGGAAAUUCUGUAAGCCCACAGGAGGCCCCAGCUGAACCUUCAAGUACCCCUGAAGUCCAACAGGAAGCCUCAGCUCAACCUACAGAGGCACCUGAGGAAGUAGAACCUUGGACCCCUCAGGAGGCCCCAGCUCAGCCACCAGAGGAGAAGGUACCACCUCAGGAGGUAAAUGUGCCAUCUCUGAGUCAGAAUGAAGCUCAGCGGCCAAAAUUACACAAUGUCACUGUUAAACCUGUAGAUUUGGCACUUACUGUAACUGUGACUCAGCCUCCACAGCACCCCAAGAAGGCUGAGCCUGCAAUCCUGCAAGAACAACCAGCUCAGCCACCAGAGCUGUCUUUGGGGGAGGUGGAACCUAUUCCAACCCAGCAGGAGCACCCAGCUCAACCUCUAGAGCAUCAUGAGGUGAAAGUUGCACCUCCAGGUCACCAUCAGGUUCAACAGUUAAACCUGCCCAAUAUCACUGUUAAACCUGCAGGCGUGCAGGUUACUGUAACACCAGAACCCACUACAGAGGUGGGACCUUUGCCAGUUCAACGUGAGUCUGUCACUCAGCCCUCUGUGCCCCUUAAUGUGGAACCUUUUGCAACCCAGCAUGAAGCCCCAACUCUGCCUCCACAGUCCCCUGAGGAGAAUGAACAUUUGCCAUUUCAACAGGAGACUCCAACUGAGUCCCCAGAAUCUCCCACACAGGAGAAACCUCCAACACAGCAGGAGACCCCUGUUCAGACCCCUGGAGAGGUUAAACCUUCCACAACCCAGCAGGACACCCUGGCUCAGGAUUCACAGGCUCCUGAGGAGGGUGAAUCACCUUCAACCCAGGAGGAGGCCCUGGCUCAACUUCCAGGGACUCAGGAAGAGAAGGAACCUUCUCCACCCCAGCAGGAGGCCCUGCUGAGCUUCCACAAAUCCCUGAGGAGGGUGAACCUUCCUCAAUACAGGAGGAGAGCCAGGAUCAUCAUGCACAGACUCCUGAGAAAGCUAAACCUUCUUCAACCCAGCAGGAGGCCCCAACCCAGUAUCCACAGGCCUCUGAGGAGGGAGAACCAUCUCCAGCUCAGGAAGAGGCUCCCACUCAAUUUCCACAAAUUCAUGUGAAGAGUGGGUUUCCAGAACA